CGCAAAGCAAAACAUGAACGGAACAAAGAAACAAGCAGUCAUUAAGUGCACGGCCAUUCGAUACCACUAAAUAAAGUGAUUAGUCAACUAAUCAAAACAUAUUCAUUAGUUAUUUUAUCUCCGUAAAUAUUGAAAUUAAUACUAUCUUAUUUAUGUUCUUAUUCAUGAUUCGUGAAUUAAUUAAAAUUGAAGGCUGAAAAUUAUUAAAAGUUACUAAAACAAUGUUGAUUAAAAGUUGUCAUGUGAAGUGAUAUAGGUAAACAGAAAUGUAUCGUAACGCCUUAAUUAUUUUGGGGUCUAUAUUUAUUGCCUUUACUUUUGAGGCGACAGAUUUUCAAGACAACCUCAUAAAUGGCUACCGUACUCUCAUUGCUGACAUCCAGGUACGGACACAGAAAUCUCGCGAGGACAUGGAUACCCUAGUAUCACAAAUCAAGCUCCUAAUGAAGAAUGAAGCGGACAAGGCUAUCAACUAUAUGACGGUGUAUCUUGAACAGAUAUCACUGUAUUUUCAGGUAAUAAUUCACGAUCGCAAGCCCCGCAAUGGCACUUACUGUAAGGAGAGCAUUGUGAAAUUACUGGGCGAGAAUUUGCAGCUGGCGGACGAAAAUGUUACGUUAUGUCUCGCUUUGGGAUAUCAAAGGGUACAACGACUACCAGAAAAGUUACAAGUACACUUUGAAACACUUGAGAAUCUCAAAAAAUAUUCAGCAUCAAAACUAUUCGAGUGUCAGAAGCAACAGCAAGUUGGCGGCAACUGCUCUCAUGAAAGUCAAGAUCUUGAAAGGACAGUGUUUUUAUACGAAACUUCGCCGUUCCCCGUCGUGAUGGCGGAAAUUGCGAUACACGGCUUCAAAGAGGUGUCGGAUCUAAGUGUCUGCCUCAAAGACAUCAUCUCGAGGAUGAUGACCCAUUCAGUGAAAGUCAUUGGAGACUUCAACAGAUGUAUUCACAACAUUGAAAUGCCCAAACUGAAGUACUUGCUCAAGUUUAUGAAGAAAUAUGCUAGAUAAUAAUGUUUACUUUUAAUAUAUAUAGAGAUACAAGAUAAUAGUAGGUUUAUGUUUAAAGCUAAUUCUCAUCAUAACAAUUUGUAUUAUGGCGUCGGGUUAGGCGAAAAUGCUUAAAUCACAUCCUCAUGGAAUUUACUUGAGAAAAUAAUUAUUUUUGUGGAGAAAAUAUUUACGGCAAAGCGUUGACCGUACAAGAUAAUAAUAUGAAAAUAUCAACACUAAAAAUCAGAGUCCUAUUUUCAUAGAUAACGAACAUAUCUGAUGGCAUAAAAAUAAUUAGGUACCUACAGUAUUUUUUGGUUCGCUUCAUUCUACAAUUUUUUCCGAACACAAAUUAAAUUUUAGGAAUUUGAGCGAAACGUGUCAGAGUUCAACAUUUUGUUUAUAUUCCUUGAAGUUGUAAAAGGUAUCGAUUACAGAUUUAACAUUUUAUACCCCAGACUUUUCCAUCUGAUCACCUUUUUAGUAAUUAGCCUAUUGUCAUAUUGUUGAUUUAUGACUAAUACGUAUUCCCAUUAUCAUUAAAAAAGAAAAGCUUUUUCAGGUUUCAUUCUAUACCUAUUUUACCUAGAUUGCAACGCGUAUCUGUCGAUAACAAUCAUGGUGUCACUAAUUCGAUAUGGUUAGAUAGUAAUGUUUAAUAAAGUACCGUAGUUAAACUUAACAGUGAGUGAUAACGCGGCAAAAUA